CGCAAGGCCAAAAAUCAACGCAAAACGCAAAAAACGCAAAACGCAAUGCGCCCACCCCUGUUUCGGAUAACCCAUCAAAUCAUUGGCCUUUAAGCAAUUUUCCAUUUUACAUUAAAUUUGCGGAUAAAACUUGCAGAAAACAAGUCCGCAACUUUUUAAUUAAAUCAGCGGAUCGGAUAAAAAUUGUGGACAUUUUCGAAGCACAAAGAAAGACUUAAAAAACAUUUUUAAAAAUUUUCAGUCCCGUUUUGAUUACUACUGACAUUGACUUUCAUGGCUUAAAUUUGCCACAGUUUAUUAUGGUAAUUAAUUAUGAUGUUCCUGAUGAACUUGAAAUUUACAUUGAACGAAUGAACCGUGCUUGUGGUUCUUCACGGAGUGUUGUAAUUAAUCUUGCUGAGGAGAAGGAUAUGCCGUUUAUUCAAGCAAUUGAAAAACAAUACUCUAUUAAGAUGCAAGAAAUGCCUUUAAAAGAAGACGUAAAAGAAGAAGUAAACGAAGAGGUUUAA